CGUGGUUGGAUCUGUGGCUGAAUCUCUGCUGAGGCUAGUGGGUAGGAUGUUACAGUUCUUCCCUGAGAAUACAGUUUUAUCAAAAUAAAAAUAAAGUGUUGAAUGCGUUUAUCAUUUUAUCAUUCACCAAGCAAGAAAAAUUAAUGGAUUGUAGAGUACUUCAGCCUAAUCUAAGUAUUAUAGUUCUCUUGUUGUGAUGUUGUCCAGUACCUGGAGAAUACAUAUCUGAUACCCACAACUCCAGCUUGGAUGUCAUGAGUUCUGUAGUCAGAAGAAUAUUUUGUAGUCAGAAGAAUCCGUGCACCAGUGACACAUCAAACCCUGAAUUUGAACACAGCUCUACAUCUACACCAGCGGAACAUACACUUGCUGUUGUGACAAAAUUAACACCUGAAACAUCCACAGGAUUUACAGAAAUGUCAUGCAGGCUUCAGUGCUCCCAUGCAGGUCUGUUCCAGUGCAGUUUGACAGGGCUGGUGUUUCUGAUGAAGGGGGAGGGGGAGGUGCUGUACAGAACUGUCCAAUGGGAUGAGAAUCUCCUGCACUCCACAGGCCAGACUCCUGCAGGACCCCUGUUCAGUAUUGAGUGUCUUCAGGGGUCUAUCUGUCAGCUACAUCUCCCACACUGUGAGAUUCUCUCUGGAGAGGGUCUUGAUUCCCUGUCUGUGGCCCAUGUUACUGGUGACAGUGUGGAGGUUUUACCACCACUGAGGGUGACUGACACACACGUAGUGGUGAACAUCACAGACCUCUCCUUAUGGGGCCUGGUCAGAAUGUUUAAACCCUUCCUCUCGAUCAAGGGACAGGUGCUGCCUUUCCUCCAAUCAUUCGGCCAUCCUCAGUCAGUUCUGAAUGUGAUCGUCCUGCCAUCGAAUGUGCCUCUUAAUGAGGUGAAGCAACAACAAACAGGGAACACUUACAUACCGGUCUGUUCGGAUUGCACUCUAAGUCGAGGGGGAAAGUACAGUCUCUUCUGUGAUCUGAAGAAGAUACAGGACAUCUACCCAAAAGCUAAGCGUAUUCAGAUUUACUGGGACUAUGGUCCAAACUACCACCCCACCUUUCAGGUGUUCCUGAACCCAGACACGGAACAUGUAGAGCUGAGACUUCUGGAAAGAGGGGCUGAUGGACAUGAAGUGUGGGCAGGACGUGCCCUUCUGCCAGGUGCUGUGUUAGUGGGAAGGGAUCGGGCUGAGAACAGUCACAGUGAUUCUGCAGAGAAGCAACUGCAUUCUGUACGAAAGGACUUUGUGGAUCGUGUGUCAAAGUCGGUUGUUGACGAUCUGCUGGAUGAAAUGAAAUGAAAUGAAAUGGAGACAGUAAAAGUGAUUCCUGAGAGGGCAGAGAAGGCCCGGGAAGUCAUUGACAUGGUGCUGAGGAAAGGAGCUGUUUCAUGUUUAAUAAUGAAAACCCUUCUGGUUGAACUGGACCCCUUCUUAUGCACAACGCUUGGCUUCAGCUAAAACAUUGUUAGAGUAUGAUGCAUUGAUGAGCAUGUCCUUUGACGUCUACAUUCAUUAAUACAUCUGGUCUGUACUUUGCAUAUUGAGCUAAAUCCUUUUUGAUUAUUUUGGAAUUAGCAUGUUAGGCUGGUCACUUCGCUAUCAUUCAACAUAACCUCAACCUCAAUAUGCAAUGUAUUGAACUCUCUUCAAUAAGCCAAACAUGUUGGAUUUCAGGUUAGAGUGUGAAUAGUGUAUAUAAUGUCAAGUUGAAUCAUUAUAAAAUCACAGAUGAAUUGCACUUUUUCUAUUUUUGUAUUGUCUGUAUUUGUUUUUAUGUCCUUUUUGUGCUUGAUGACAUACGGUAUUUUAAUAUAGAGCCGCAAACCAUCUUAUUUUAUUGUACUGGACAGUCAACUUCUCAUUCCACUACAACAUGUAACGUGAACUAGUGCCAAUACCGUGCAGUCACACAUUCUAUGACAUGAUAAUCACCUCCAUGAUAAUGGUUUGAUAUGAUUGAUCUUUUAAUAAUAAUAGCUAUCAUUGUGACUGUACAUAGCAAUUAAGUAAAAUACUGAUGACCAUUUUGAAAAAAUAGGGGGGGGGGAGAUUAUUGAAUUUGUAUCAAAAAAUAUAUUUAUAAUCAUUAGAUUGUAAUUGAUUUGAUUAUCUCUGUAUUAAUUUCCUUUGUUUUCAAAACUUAAAUAAAGAAGAUAUUAAACCUAGCAAUCAUUGAUCAGAAUUGUCAGGGUUGAUCUCUAUAGUGAAACACUUAUUUCAUUUCUGGUAGUCUAACACAAUCAACAUGUAAUGAAGUGACAACACAAACACUGUUUUACACGCCAAUUACGCCUCAUUAGUGUUCAUGGGACUCCAAUAUAAUCACAACUUGUUGAUGAUAAGACCAGGUAGCGUUGUAACACUUCACUUUAACAAGGCACAGAGUAGGGUUGUCUCUCUCACUGAUGCUUCUCAUUAAUAGUCCUUAAAUGGUCAUUUAGUCAAACAGUUGAGAAUAGACUUAUCUAAAACUGACAAUAACAGGAAACUCAGGUUGUUCUACUGUGUUUCUACAGACAGUGACAUAUAGUGUAUCAUAUUCUCACUGUGUGCAUAGCGCAGAAUCAUUGUUUUGGCUACAAUUAUGAUCAAUGAAUAGCCUACUAGUUCCGUAACGUCAGUCAGGUGUGUGUUUUUCUGAGAAGAGUUUUUUUUUUUAUCAGAUAUUAUUGCGCAGAUCAUAGAAAAUGUAUGUCCUCUGCUUUGGUUGUCCAUCAUCUUAAACUCUGAGUGUAACGGCGAAAUGAGAGAAACCAACUAAUUUAUGAACGUUUGAAUUAAUGCAUAAUUUCUGUAUCUAAUGUGUACAUGGGGCAAUUUCCGAUGUUAUCCUUUAUAUAGUAUGGAUGAGUUCAACACCCAAAAUGCAAGACGUCCUGUACUACCUGAAUGAAUACUAACACUGUGGUAUUUCUCUCUUUUUCGUUUGAUCAUAUUGAUGACCAAUACAAACCUGAUCACAUCACUGUGAAGGACAGAAGACUCUCACUGUCCCUAUGGACCAUAUUGAUUUCAAUACGUUUGAAUUUAUUGGCUAGAUGUCUUUCAUGGGCUGGUUAAAACAUCCAUUGCCAUUCCUCUGGUCAUGGGUCAGGUUUCCAGGAUUAAAUGAAAUAGAGGUAUUUCAGAAUAUUGAGACAGACUAACGUGAGCUGUUGGACUCACCAUCGACCUAAGAGGUGUCUUGGUAUUUGGAGGAGCCGUAACGGAUGGAUGGAAGCAUGGAUGGAUGGAAGGAUGAGCGAAAGGAGGCAUAUGAUGUUGUCUUUGGUUCCUCUUGUCUCCUUACCGUAUUGUCACACAAUUUGUUCCAAGUAUGUUAAUGUACUACUAUAUAUUCUUGUUACAUGACUGUCUUCUUUCUGUGAAAGAUCCAUAUGAACAAAGUGAUUGUUGUCUUAUGUCUUGGUUGUCUGUCCUCUUUAGUUUGUUUCUGAGAUGUACAGUCCAUUACUCUAGCACGGUGUCAUGUUGUAUAGAAACACAAUCUGGUUUAUAAAUAACUGUUGAA